GGCGGCGCGGGAGGCGGCGCGGGAGGCAGGCAGAGGCCAAGGUGAGGCACGGAGCCUCUGCUGGGGCUCAGGGUACAUCCUUGGCCCUGUCCCUGUGUCCCCUGCCUUCGGUGGCCCUCAGAGCUGCUCCCCAGAGGAACCACACCCCACGCAGACUCGCCCCCUCCCUGACUUGGCAGCAGCUGUGGCCGGCACCACCAUCCAGGCUCCCUUGGCCUGGGGUGCCUGCUCCAUGCUCCGGGCGUUCCGAGCUCCCAGGCUGCAUUCGGGCUCUGCACGCAGUGCCGGGGGCUCUGCGCGUGGUGCCGGGGGUGGGGGGCCCUGCCCACUUGGCGGUGCGGGUGCGGGGGUAACAGUGCUGGUAAAAGUCGCGCCGCUGCAGGCUCGUCUCCGAUGUUCGUGGAAGUGCUGGUGAAGGUGCAUCAUUAGGUAGGUGUUUGCAGAAAUGUUCACUGCUGGCAGACAGCCAUACCAGUCAGCGUUUGGUUGUAGAAAACGGGGUCCCAACUCAAACCAGCAUGAGGAGGACAUGCUUAGUUAUUCCAUGAAGCCGAGCGCUAAGAAGCGGGGGCCGUUUGGGUUUGGCUGCGUCGGUCACACAGAGCCGUCAUCAGGAAGAAGCACCUUCUACGUCUCUGCCGCCUGUGGCUCUGGGCUCAGGCUGAUCCCCCGUCCCCACCCCCAUCACACAUCCCUCCCUCAGAGGAGGUGACGUCUGAGUGGGACUGAAGUGACAAGGGCUCGAGAGCGCGCUUCUGGUGGCCUGGGCAGGUGUCAGGCCGGCAAGAAGUCUGGCUCCUGACGCGGGGGCAGGACCGCCUCUGCCCCUCCUCCCUGUCCUUCCUCGUUCCUGUUCCAGUUUGUAUGAGGCUGCGGUGGGUCGCAAGCGACAGGCACCCUCCUGGCUGGCUGGGGCGUCAUAGGAGCCUGUGGGGGAGCCUCAGGGUGGCGUGUGCUGGGUUGGCACCUGGAAACUUCUCGGGUGCAGGUGGGGUCCUGUCGGGAGGGCAUGGGCAGCCCGAGCUGCGAGGCAGGGGUGUGGGGACGGGACCAGACCAGUCCACGGUCCUGGUCGCUGCUUUUUGGAUUUGCGGGCGGCAUCCGACCUGAACAGCCCCUUGUCUCCUUUCACGUCCAGGUCGGGGGUCGGGGAUCCCAAUGCUGACUUUCUCCUAAAAAAACAAAAACAAAAACGCUUUAUUUUAUUUUAUUGGCUACACUUGAGGCACGUGCACGUUCCUGGGCCAGGGAUUGAACUCGUGCCACUGCAGUGACAACACUGGGCAUUUAACCAAACUCUGAGCCACAUGGGAACUGCAGACUGCUGAGUUGGUGAUGCCCCAGCCGUUGGCUCACGCUGCUCCCUGGGUUACAUGCUGCAUGUCUGUGAAGUGUGAUGCCUCCGAGCACAGGGUGCUGGCAGUGUCGGUGUGUCCUCAGUCCCUGCCUUAUUUUGCUGCGAAGUUCAGCCUCAGUGUGACGGAUGCAUCCAGAAGACUCUGUGGCUUCCUCAAAAGUCUCGGGGUCCACUAUGUCUUCGAUGCCACGAUCGCGGCCGACUUCAGCAUCCUGGAGAGCCAGAAGGAGUUCGUGCGCCGGUUCCACCAGCACAGCGAGGAAGAGCCCGCCUUGCCCAUGCUGACCUCCGCCUGUCCCGGCUGGGUCCGCUAUGCCGAGCGGGUGCUGGGUCACCCGGUCACCCCCCACCUCUGCACCGCCAGAUCUCCCCAGCAGAUCAUGGGCUCCCUGGUGAAAGACUACUUUGCCAGGCGGCAGGACCUGUCCGCAGACAGGAUCUUCCACGUCAUCGUGGCCCCUUGCUACGACAGGAAGCUGGAGGCCCUUCAGGAGGACGUGCCCACGGCCUCGCCGGGUUUCCGCGGCACAGACUGUGUGCUGACCUCAGGUGAAAUCGCUCAGAUGAUGGAGCAGAGUGACCUCUCGGUGAGAGAUGCUGCCCUGGACACCCUGUUUGGAGACGUGAGGGAAGAGGUGAGACGCCACGACGGAGCCAGCUCCGACGGGUGCCUGGCGCACAUCUUCAGACACGCCGCCAAGGAGCUAUUCGACGAGGACGUGGGGGAGCUCACCUACCGGGCCCUGAGGAACAGAGACUUUCAGGAGGUGACCCUCGAGAAGAGCGGGAAGGUUCUCCUGCGCUUUGCUGCCGCCUACGGCUUCCGAAACAUCCAGAACGUGGUCCUGAAGCUGAAGAGGGGCAGGUUCCCGUACCACUUUGUGGAGGUCCUCGCCUGCGCAGGGGGGUGCCUCAACGGCAGGGGCCAGGCCCAGACGGAGGACGGGCGGGCGGACAGGGCCCUGCUGCAGAGGAUGAGAGGCGUCCACGCCGCCGGCCCCGGGCGGACCCCAGAGACCAGCGCCCACGUGCAGGACCUGUACCGGGAGUGGCUGGACGGCGCCGACGCCCCCCGGGCCCGGGGAACCCUGCACACGGCGCACCAGGGCCCCGGGCGCCCCGCCGACGGCCGAGACAUCAAGUGGUGACGGCGGCGGGGAGGCUCGGAGGAUGGAUGGGCCCCGCGCGUGGGUACCGGAGACCCGUGACGGAAACAGCGUGGCUUUUCUGCGGCUCCUUCGCGUUGUCAGAGUUCUCUGCUGCCCGCGUUUGUCGGCAGCUCCCCCCUCAGUUCCGUGUGGUGCUACCUUCGUGCCGUGUGUGUGGUUGCAGUGUUUUAACGUGAGAGGAGGGCUGCCCGGUGUCGGUCUCCUUUCGACUGAAAAUCCCAAAGAACAAGACCGGAGACAGAGCUCUGUCUUUUAUGCUUAAAAACCCAAAAAGGGUCUGCGAAGAGCGAAGACCUCGGAAGCUGUGAUUCCCGCGCGGCGGAUGUGGGAAUGACGGGCCGCAGGGGUCCGGCCGCCGUUUGCCCAGGGGGCCCCCCUUCCUACCCACGCGCUUUGCUCCUGAAGGUGUUCUUGCCCGACGUGAGUAAACUGUGUCCUCUUGGAACCGCAGCUCGGGUACAGCUCUGCAUCUCCGGCCUCUCUCGAGGAGCGCUGGGGCGCAGCGGGCCGCGCGGCUCACUGCUGCGGAGGUCAGGGUGCGGCGGGCGGCUGCCUCCUGGCACCAGACCCUCUCGCUGUGGGGUCCCUCGGGCUCUGGCGGCUUGGGCCCCGAGUCAUGCUUUCCCGUUCAGCAUUGAACUUGCCUCGAGGCAGAGGGAGGCCUGAGGACGGUGCUGGGUGUUGGCUGGAAGGUUGCAGGGGCAGGCGCCCCGCUCAGGCCAGGCUGUGGCGGGGGAUCAGCCCCUCCAUCCCGCGGGGUGGGACCGGGCCGGUGACGGCCCUUCUGACUCUGAACUUGAGGGAGGCAGCUUCCUGAGGGUCCUGCACCCCGCGGGCAGGCUCACCCGGUGGCCUUGGUGAAGCCUCCCCCCCUCCCCGGACUCCCCGACCUGCAAGCACUGCUCCUGUGGGAGGACGCGUGCCCCCAGGAAAGCAGCUGGAGCGCAGUUGCACCGGAAACAAAGGGCCGGCCGGCUCUGGGGACCGUGGACCCUGGAGCUCCGCGGCUGGCCAGCCGUGAAACCAGAGAAGCCUCGGCACAGACGUGGAGUGGCUUUUGUGAGCCUGAGUGGACCCCUCACUGCAGUAAAGCUCCAGCUGCGAGCUCCUUCCUGCUGUUCCUGGGUGUGGUGGUACUGCUGUGCCUCGCUGGGUGACAACUGGAUACACUGUGUGAAAAUGUGUCACUUUUGCUUCCAUCCUACCUGCCUCUGGGUCUCUAUCCGCUACAGUAACUGAUGAUGGAAUAAACACUUGAGUGUCUGAGCCUGGA